UUAGUCAUGAGACGGCAGACGGCAAGUGGGCAAGUGAAACUCGACAUCUCGACAAUGCGCGGGCGCAGGCCAUCAGAGAGGAACAUAUUCUGUUGAUAAACAUGUAACGUUGUAUUACCUGUGAAAAUGUUUAUCAAAUAUUGUGAUGUGGUGCCAAAGUUGAUUAGUUUAGUUAUUUCAGUGGUUCUACUUGAAGAAUGCAAGUGUCUAGUGCUGCGCGCGUACAUCUCGCAGCACGGGCUGCAUGGCGAGAUCGAGUUCUCUAACAAAAAUGACACGCUCAUCAGCAUCCGCACCAACCUAAAGCCGACGCUGCAGCACCCCGACGGCGUCUGGCGGUGGACCAUACACGAGUUCCCCGUCGAUUACCAGGACCUCAGCGACGAGAGGUGCUCCGAUGCCAGUCUAGGCACAGAAGUCAUAGAUCUCACCGAGGAGCUGGGAUACCUGAUUAUUCCUGGCAAAGAUCACGCCGAGUUCGAGAGCAAGAACAGCCUGACCGGUCCUCUGGGCUUGUGGGGGAAGAGUAUAGUGUUAGAGACGGCGGAGAGAGACAGAGUGGUGUGUGCAUCUAUUCUAUCGACGGAGAAACUUUACGAGAAAUAUGCUGAGGCGAGAUUUACGUCUCCCAUCGCAGGGAGCCUCACCUUCCGCUGGCUGUACACGAGGGACUUCGACGAGUCGGACGCGUUCCUCCUCGCUGACCUGUAUCACACGAAGGCCAACCAGGACAAGGGGGAAUUUACUCAACACAAGUGGAAACUGUUUGUGACGGACAUAUUUGAUUCGGACAAGGGCAAUUACGAGGACAACUGUAACGUCCUGCAGGCAGUGUUCGACCCCGAGAACAGCGGGGACGGGAUGAGUGUGGGCGACCUGGACUCGCGCCUGGGCCUCAUUCGGGUGGCGACAGACCCGAGCACGCACCGACUGCGGCGGCUUUACAAGGACGAGGUGCUGGGCCUCCUGCGCGCAGACAUGGAGGUGACGCGCCGUAGCCUCUACGUCGUCAUUUAUGACAACCGGCACGCCGACAGCUUUCUCGCCUGCGCCAAGCUGCGUUCCAGCCAGCCCAAGAAUGCCAAGGCAUUGAUCAAUAUGGACGGCAUCCGGGGCACGGUGGACUUCGUGCAGCGGUCGCCGUUCGACCCGACGUGGGUGAACUUCCAGCUGGGCGCGGCGGACCAGGAGUACGAGUCCAACCUACGGUUUGUGGGCGCCAUGCAGCAGUAUAACAUUCGGCAGGUGCCGGCGCGUCUACUCGGCCCCGACCUCGUACAAUCCAUGUGCAACACGACUGGAGAACUGUACAACCCCACCGGCAUUAAUCUGAACGAUGUGCCUCCGCCAGGCAUGGGCACGAUGGAUCAGUACCCAGUUGGGGCGCUGCUAGGCAAGUACAAGGAGCGCACGGAGUACCUGAACCACCGCUACCUGCUGCCCGGGCUGGCCGACGAGCUGAGCGGCGCCUACUGGGACGUCUACCUGCCGCUCUACGGCCGCCACAGCGUCAUGCACAGGCCGCUCGUGCUCGAGAGACGAUCGCCAAAGCCGGAGGUGUGCGGCACGCUGCUGUCGUACGAGGACAACACCGAGUACCAGACGCCGAUGACUUCGGCCCAGGUCAUCUUCCGCUACCCUCUCGUCGGCCGCGUCAUAUUCCGACAGCCGCAGGACAGGCCCUGGGAGGAUACCACCAUCAUCAUCGAAGAUAUGGUGCACGCGGACGGUUCGAACGUGAACAACACGUUUGAGCACCGGUGGGCGGUGCACGAUCAGCCGCCCGGCAAGGACUACUACAACUGGACGAGCCGCUGUCUCAGCGCCGGAGACAUCUUCGACCCCGCCGCCCUCGACCUCGACACGCGCCACCCCGACACCUACUGCCGCCCCGACCUCGCGCUCUGCAGGAUCGGGGACCUCACCACCAGGCACGGCACGCUGGCGGUGGCGGGCAAGAAGCGCGACAGCGCGCGGUUGACGCGCAAGCUGUUCACGGAUACGUCGCUGCCGCUGAUGGGGAGGAACUCGGUGCUGCGGAGGUCGCUGGUGAUCUACGACGACCACGGCCCCGUCGCCCGCGGAGAGAGAAUGGCUUGCUCCUUAAUCAACGGUCUGCACCGGCGCAAGGCGGUGGUGCGCGACUGGUUCGGCAACGGGCAGCGCGAGGCGCCCACCGGCCGCCUGGAGCUGGUGCAGCAGUCCGAGUACGACGUCACCAACGUGCAGGUGCAGCUGUCAGGUCUGCGCGACGCACACAACUACGUGCUGCACGAGGUGCCGGUGGAGAAGGAGCUGGAGUUCCCGUGCGAGAGGACCACGCUCUACGACGCGUACAACCCCUUCCACGUGAACAAGUCGCUCAGUCCGCCGCCCAUGAGAGGUACAGCAGACCAGUACGAGCUCGGUGACUUCGGUGACAAGUACGGCUUGCUGGAUGACUUCAAGUCGUUCAACGCGAUUUUUAACGAGACGCAGAUGUCGCUGUUCGGUCCCUACAGCAUCCUCGGGCGCUCCGUCGUUAUACACCAAAAUAGCAAGAACCGCAGGUCGGCGUGCUCGAGCGUGGAGCGCGGCUACAGCCCCUCGGAGGCGCGGGAGAUCCGCGGCAUCGCCUCCUUCCACCACCCGGGAGGGUUCGCGCGCGGCUUCGUGCGUCUCACCCAGCUCGUCCACAACGACGGCAGCGUCAGCGACACCGUCAUACAAGUCGACCUGCGCUACCCCGGCGACCGCGACCGCAACCUGACACACGGCCACAAGUGGGAGAUCUUCGUGAACCCGGUGGGCGUGGACGCGGCGGUGAAGGUGACCAACACGCGGUGCGUGGCCGGCGGCUACAGGUGGAACCCCUACUUCACCCAGCUCGCGGAUCCCCUUAACCACGACUUGUACGAGGCGGAGUGCGGCGCGGACAACCCGCUGCGCUGCGACGUGGGCGACCUCACCGCAAGACUCGGCACCCUCACAAUAGGAGGCGAGCGGCAGAUGUUCAUGGACAGCAACUUCCCGCUGGAGGGCGCGGUGUCCGCCAUGGGCCGCUCCAUCGUCAUCUUCGGCCCCGAGCGCAGCGGCGAGCGCUUCGCCUGCGCCAACAUCCAGCCCGACAAGGACAUCAUCAAAUACGUCAACAUCAUGAAGCCGCCGCGAUUCGUCUUGGGCGCGUUCCUGGAGGAGAUGCGCGGAGUGAUGGGCGUGCCGGCGUGGAUGGUGGGCGUCGACUCGCGGCGCACGCGCGAGCUGCACCACGGCGCCUGCGUCCAGGUCCUGCUGCACUUCACCGGCCCCGACGCCAACAGGCUCGAGCUGGACUUCACCAGGUUGCUGGCGUCGGGUCGACUGGACUCGCCCAGCAUCUUCAUCCCGGGCUACGUGAACAGCAAGCGCAAGCGCACCACCUCGCACCGUCACUGCGGCGUCACAGACCCCAACGAGAGGAAGAGGAACCUGGAGGGGCCGUUCCUGUUCUUCGGGCCGCGAUCCCUGGAGAAGUACAAGCGGACUGCGCUGCGCUACCUGGAGCAGGAUGACCUGAUGAGGAUCUACGGCGAGCAGGCGGCCAUCGUGGUCUUCAACAACCAGGACCCGGUACCGCUGUCCAGCGGUUACUUUCCGCGCCUGAGGAAGAUGCUGGAGCGGCAGAGCGUGUUGGUGUUGCCGCAAGACUUCCUUGACGUACACCCCGACUAUGUCAGCAAUGAGACACAGGUGCUGACGCUGCAAGGGCCGUGGUCGGAGCGCGACGCUCAGAUGACAGAGACGUUCGCACGGUUGCAGGACAUAUACGGGCCGGGUCGCGUGCUCGGCGUCCUGGGCAAUUCGGUGUCGCAGAGCCAGACGGAGUAUCUGGGACCUGAGGGUACGGAACCGGGCGAGUGGGUCGAAGCAGGCCGGGUGAAGCGCGAGGUCACGGAUGCGCCUAGGUCCACGCAACUUGCGGCGGCCGUCGAUGACGACAAGCCCGCGAAGGUGCUGCCCAAGUACGCCCUCUACAAUGCCACUGGUCCGCCGGGCAAGGCGGCGCUGCUGUACUCGUCGGGCUGGCCGGAGCUGCAAUGGGCGGACGGCAGCGUCACCGUGUUGGAUACGCCCAUCGGCGAGCCCACCAUUAAGCCCACGCGCCUCUACACCAUCCUCGUGGUGCGCUUCGCCGACGGCGACAACACUAGGGAUAAGAUAACUUUGGAGUUCAGCUUCAAACAGUCGGCGGGCUGGUGGACUGCGGCGGGUGUGGAGGUAAGGCGCGGUCGGGGCGCUGGAAUCGGCUUGCUGCCGCCUGCGCCGCCAGCAGCGCCUGCAGCGGUGCUGGGCCGCGCUUACAGCUGCCCGCAGCCGCUCGUGUACGCGGCUGAGAACGCAACACUCACCUUCCCAGAUAUAAUGAUGCAACCAUUCAUGGAGAACACUCAGAAGUUUGCCGACGCUUUCGACUGCAUCGGCUUCACCUCCGUCCCGAUAUGGUCGGGUCUGAUGGUGUCAUGCAUCCUGGUGCUCGGGCUGGCCUUGUCUAUCUGCAUGAUCAUGGAUAUCAAGACAAUGGACCGCUUCGAGACGAGUCGAAGCAAACAGCUGACAAUCACUGUCAGCGAAUGAACAUUAACAAGAAACGUCACCCUCCGCGGAUCGCAUGCCAUUUCUACGUGGGUCAACAGACAUUAUUUACUUUACUUUCUUUAUGUUGAAUAAUAAUAAUAUCGACCUGUGAAAAUAGUUUAAAAUAAAUAAAUAGGAGAUAGCGAUAGGGCGCCGUGUGGCGCCGGCGAUAGAAUGCCGCCACCCCAUGUCCUCCCGUGGGUGUCGUAAGAGGCGACUAAGGGAACUCUGGGGGCCGCUCCACCGAUCUUUGUAAGUCGCGCUGACGUCGGAGAGGUGUGGUGCUCGGGUUGCGGCCGUCUCUUGCUCCACGCCGCUUGCACUCGGCCUCGCGGCCGUCAGGGGGCGCGACUGGCUUCUUACGAUGCCAUGUUCUAGCUCGCGAGCCGCGUCUCUACUCUCGUGGACGAGCGGCGACCGCUGGCGUCUCCCGCAGCGCGCGCCUCCGACGUUAGCGCGACUCACUAGGUCCAGCUCCCAAUCCCGUGCUGUUGUGGGAUUUAAAAAGAAUGCAACAGCUGCUUAUCCUCCCGGGCAAGCCGUACGAGGCGGCAGAGGGAUGUAUAUAUUGCCGAAUGCCGUGUGCUCGGUGAAACCAUCUUUGUUUGUGCGUAUAUCCAGAAUAAGGCUAUUCGUAAGUCAUAGGUUAGCCAGAUGGGGUCUUGGAAGACGUCGCUUUCCAGGACCAGGUCUGGGCACGUAGGUUAAGUGAAAGAGAAUAUUAGGCAUUGCACUUCGCUGGUAACAUGGCAUCGUGGCCGUUUGUGGGGAUUUGCAGUAGUCGUGUCCAGACGCUGGGUCCGGCGAGCCGGCUGCCGCGCUCCCGCGCCGUACGCCUGCCGGACACAGCGGCGCCUUAAAUCCUUCAAACGACGCCAUGCCCUUGUGCAAUUUUUUAA